UGAUUUUGCUUUCGCUGUCCGCAAAGGUGAUAUUAACGGGCGGUCGGGAUAGUUACAAAGCUGAAUUGUGCGGUCAAACUUCGCGAGGUUAAAGGACAAAUCCGAUCGGACAACGGACAACCAUGAAACGCAAUAUUAUAGCCGGAUUAUGUGAAAAAACGACGAAAGCAAGCUACCGAAUUUAAAUUUCGGUAAAGUGAUCCAAUUGAUAAGGAAUUAAUAUAAUGAACAGGUGAUCGUGUUUUAUAUCUGAAGUGAGCGUAGUUAAAAGUUUUUUGUCCGGGGAACAUCUGUGAUACAUUGCUAUCUGUUCAGGUCUUUGCGUGGAUUUACUAGCUGUUCCGUGUUAUUUCGAAACAAUGUGUCCAACCCGCCCAGUCGCCGUCCCGUUGCUGUUGUUUUUCACCGUUUUGCAGACCUUCACAUUUGCUGCCAAUUUGCCUUCAUCUCCAUUAAAUUCACAUCAGGAAAUUAUUACCGAUGUUCGAGUGGAUUGUAACAGCGAUGAAAUUGUGGUAAAAGUUUUUACCGAUUCUGGAAGAUUUAAUGGCAUGAUUUAUCCUCGAGGUCUUUCAAAAAACAGCUCGUGUUUCAUAGAAUGGGCUCAGAAACCCUCUCCAGUUCAGUAUGUUCUACCUCUACGAGCUUGUAACACCAUGAGUACAGAAUUG